AUGAGCCUGAUGGUGUUUGCUUUGGGAUGGAGGUCCUAUAAGCACGUCAGUGGGCAGAUGCUUUACUUUGCACCAGAUCUAGUUCUGAAUGAACAAAGAAUGAAAGAGUCAUCGUUUUAUUCGCUCUGUAUUGCAAUGAGGCAGCUGCCGCAGGAGUUUGUGAAAUUACAGAUCAGCCAGGAGGAGUUCCUCUGCAUGAAGGCUUUACUGCUUCUAAAUACAAUUCCUUUGGAAGGUCUUAAAAGUCAAAGUCAUUUUGAUGAGAUGAGGUCAAAUUAUAUUAGAGAACUGGCAAAGGCCAUCAACCUAAGGCACAAAGGAGUUGUUGCGAGUUCUCAGCGUUUCUAUCACCUGACCAAAGUAAUGGACUCCAUGCAUGAACUGGUCAAGCAGCUCCACCUGUAUUGCCUCAACACCUUCCUUCAGUCUCGGACGUUGAGCGUGGAGUUCCCAGAAAUGAUGACAGAGGUCAUAUCUGCGCAGCUCCCCAAAAUUCUAGCAGGGAUGGUAAAACCGCUGGUUUUUCACAAGAAGUGA